AUGCCAUCCGCCAAUUCUUUCCAUGUUCCAUCGGACUUCUCUCAGGAGCCAGUCCAAUUCGUGGCACUCGAGGACACCGGAGCAAUUCUCACUCACUCUCGCAAGGGAUACGUAGCCAUUGGAGAGAAGAGAGUCGAGGUUCCAGUGGUGGACUUCGUUGGAAACUCCGAUGUUGGAGUUCUUGAGAACACUUUCACGAUGCAAUGGCAAAACAUUGGAAACACAACUCAAGUCCAUUUCACUGGCACCGGAGGAUCAUUGAUCGGAUCCGAGGGAAAUCCAGGAGUGCUUCUUAUCGGUGACGAGCUCAUCAAAGUCAAUCUCCUUCUCAAGAGAACUGACGGAUCAUUCUACUUGGAGGCUAACGAAGAUUUCUUGAUGAUUGUCGCAAAGUCCGAACCAAACGGAUCCCCAGAUGUUGAUACCCUCCAGGCUUCACAAUUCCCAGCUAGCGGCGCCAAGCUCCCAAUCGGAUAUUGGCACUCCGUCCCAUUUCCAAUUCCAGGAGCUGGAAAGCUCAACCUGGUUGAGUUGGUAGCCAAAUCCGACAAGAACGUCGUCAUCAACGUCGCUGAAACCACCGGGGCUCCACUCCGAAUCCCAAUCAGCACUGUGUUGGACCAGGAUUGA